CCGCUCGCUGCCGGCCCGGGGGGCGGUGCGGGCGCAGGGCGGGCACGGCAGCCCGCAGCCUCCCGCCGCGGCGGCGGCCUGGGCCCAGGGCACAGCCCCGGCGCCGGAUGUUGCUAUGAGGAAAGGAGUCAGCAAUGACUGAUGUGGAGCCUGUGGUCACAGAUUUUGCAGCAUCAGGACGGGCAGGUCGCCGAAACGCCUUACCAGAUAUUCUGGGCUCUCCUGCUGGUGCUGGGACUUCAGAUCUGCCACACAAACUGGCUGAGCUCUCCAUUUCAGAAGAUGAAGGAGCAGAGGGUGGAGAAGUGCAAUCAUCUAAAGCCUUGCUGGAAAGUCAAGAGACAGAAGGAAAAAGCAGUGAUUCCUGACACCUAAGGACUGCUAGAUUAAUGAAACCCAUUGACAGACUUCCCAGUUUCCCUCUGUCACCUCUUCUGAAAUGUGGUAGCAACUGAAGUGGCACUGAUGAGAUUUUGCAACUCACUCGUACCUAGAUGACAUUAAUGUGGAACUACUGUUUUUUCUACUGUUGUCCUUCAAAACCAAUGUUCUACACAUUCAGAUGGGAAGAGAACUAAAGAAUGUACCUCGUUUUGGGUUUUCCCAUGGUUAUAGUAUUAAACCUAAUUAAUCUUUGACAGUUUCAAUUAGUGUACCAAGCAGAUGUACCACCAGAUUACUUCAAAAUAAAAAUCCUGUUUCUUAAUUUCCCAAAAGAGCUUCUUUGUCUCUGACACAGAGUGUAUUCACUCUCCCCAUGUUAAGAUGAAAUUAAGUAUAUAGUGGAUUACAGACAUUGUCGGUAAUUUAUCUUCUGAGAUUUUUGUUCUCAUUAGGGCUAUGUAGAUGGGUGUAAGAAAUAAAAACAAACAGACAAUUUUUUUCUCUCCUCCUCCUGUCUCCAAAAGAUUUUCUAAAUUACUUAAACAACAGUGUUUAUUUUCCUACUCUCUUUAAACUCUAUUUGAUUAUGGCAGAUCAUCUCAGUUCUCCCACUCUUAGAAGUCUUGCCACUUCUGUCAUUUAUGCUUUCAGGCUGAAUAUUGUAGCAUUCACGUGUAUCUAAAAUAAAGUAGCAUGUUUGUAAGUGAUUAAAAUUGUUUCAUCUCACUGUGGAAAUUAAAUAGCUGUCAUCUUUUCUGC